CCGCCCUGCUGAGCAGAGCCUGUUGCCUCCGCUGCCGGAUCUGCCGCCCAGAGUCACUUCUUAGGGCUCCGCUCAGCUCCUUGCAAGUCCUGCCGCCCAGCCUGCCGUGAUGCGUUCCGGCGCGCGGCCCCCACCUCCAGCCCACGCCCUGGACCUGGCUUUGACCAUGGCUUUGACCAUGGCUAUGUGGGCCAGACUAGCAUCCACAGCCUCCUUUUUUGGGGAGAACCACCUGGAGGUGCCUGUGGCCACAGCUCUGACCAAUAUAGACAUACAGCUCCAGUUUGCCACAUCCCAGCCCGAAGCCCUACUUCUCCUGGCAGCAGGCCCGGCUGACCACCUCCUGCUGCAACUCUACUCUGGACGCCUGCAGGUCAGAUUGGUCCUGGGCCAGGAGGAGCUGAGGCUGCAGACCCCAGCAGAGACUCUGCUAAGUGACUCCAUCGCCCACACUGUGGUGCUGACUAUUUCAGAUAGCUGGGCCGUGCUGUCAGUUGACGGGCUUCUGAACACCUCUGCCCCAGUCCCAGAAGUCCCCCUAAAGGUCCCCUAUGGGAUCUUUGUGGGGGGCACUGGGAGCCUGGGCCUGCCCUACCUGAGAGGGACCAGCCGGCCCCUGAGGGGUUGCCUCCAUGCGGCCACCCUCAAUGGCCACAGCCUCCUCCGGCCACUGACCCCAGACGUGCACGAGGGAUGUGCAGAAGAAUUUUCUGCUGGUGAUGAUGUGGCCCUUGGCUUCUCUGGGCCCCACUCUCUGGCUGCCUUCCCUGCCUGGGCCACUCAAGACGAAGGCACCCUGGAGUUUAUACUCACGACACGGAGCCGGCAGGCACCCUUGGCCUUCCAGGCAGGGGGCAGGCAUGGGGACUUCAUCUAUGUGGACAUAUUUGAAGGCCAUCUGCGGGCUGUGGUUGAGAAGGGCCAAGGUACUGUGCUGCUUCAUAACAGUGUGCCUGUGGCUGAUGGACAGCCCCAUGAGGUCACCGUCCAUAUGGACGUUCACCAGCUGGAAAUCUCUGUGGACCAGUACCCGACACGAACUUCUAACCGUGGGGUCCUCAGCCACCCGGAGCCACGUGGCAGCCUUCUUCUUGGGGGGCUGGAUGCAGAGGCUGCUCGUCACCUCCAGGAACACCGCUUGGGCCUGACUCCAGAGGCUGCCAACGCCUCCCUACUGGGCUGCAUGGAAGAUCUCAGCAUCAACGGCCAGAGGAAGGGGCUCCGGGAAGCCUUGCUGACUCGCAACAUGGCUGCCGGCUGUAAGCUGGAGGAAGAGGAGUAUGAGGAGGACGUCUAUGGCCUGUAUGAAGCUUUCUCCACUCUGGCCCCCGAGGCUUGGAUGGCUAUGGAGUUGCCUGAGCCAUGUGUACCUGAGCCAGGGCUGCCUCCUAUCUUUGCCAAUUUCACCCAGCUGCUGACCAUCAACCCACUAGUGGUAGCCGAGGGUGGCACAGCCUGGCUUGAGUGGCGGCAUGUGCAGCCCACACUGGACCUGACUGAGGCUGAGCUGCGCAAGUCCCAGGUGCUAUUCAGCGUGAGCCAAGGGGCACGCCAUGGCGAGCUAGAGCUGGACAUCCCAGGUGCCCAGGCACGGAAAAUGUUCACCCUCCUAGACGUGGUGAAUCGGAAGGCCCGCUUUGUCCACGAUGGCUCUGAGGACACCUCUGACCAGCUGAUGCUGGAGGUGUCAGUGACGGCUCGGGUGCCUGUGCCUUCAUGCCUGCGGAGGGGCCAAACUUACAUCCUGCCAAUCCAGAUAAACCCCGUCAAUGACCCACCCCGCAUCAUCUUCCCGCACGGCAGCCUCACGGUGAUCCUGGAACACACGCAAAAACCACUGGGCCCUGAAGUUUUCCAGGCCUAUGACCCAGACUCUGCCUGUGAGGGCCUCACUUUCCAGUUCCUUGGUGCCCCCACUGGCCUCCCCGUGGAACGCCGAGACCAGCCUGGGGAGCCAGCGACUGAAUUCUCCUGCCGGGAGCUGGAGGCAGGCAGCCUUGUCUAUGUCCACCAUGGUGGCCCUGCACAGGACUUGACAUUCCGGGUCAGUGACGGGCUGCAGGCCAGCCCCCCAGCCACACUGAAGGUGGUGGCUGUCCGGCCAGCCAUACAGAUCCGCCGCAGCACAGGCCUCCACGUGGCUCAAGGCUCUGCGGCACCCAUCUUUCCUGCCAACCUGUCGGUGGAGACCAAUGCCGUGGGGCAGGAUGUGAGUGUGCUGUUCCGAGUUACCACCGCCCUGCAGUUUGGGGAGCUGCAGAAGCAAGGGGCAGGUGGGGUGGAAGGUGCUGAGUGGUGGGCCACGCAGGCAUUCCACCAGCGGGACGUGGAGCAGGGCCGUGUGAGGUAUCUGAGCACUGACCCGCAGCACCGCAAGGAGGACACCAUGGAGAACCUGGCCCUCGAGGUGCAGGUGGGCCAGGAGACCCUGAGCAAUGUGUCCUUCCCAGUGACCAUCCAGAGAGCCACGGUGUGGAUGCUGCGACUAGAGCCACUGCACACGCACAACACCCAGCAGGAGGCCCUCACCACAGCCCACCUGGAGGCCACCCUGGAGGAGGCAGGCCCCAGCCCCACCACCUUCCACUAUGAGGUAGUUCAGGCUCCCAGGAAAGGAAAUCUUCAGCUACAAGGGACACGGUUGUCAGAUGGUCAAUGUUUCACCCAAGAUGACCUACAGGCUGGCCAGGUGACCUAUGGGGCCACAGCACGUGCCUCAGAGGCAGUUGAGGACAGCUUCCGUUUCCGUGUCACAGCCCCACCGUACUUCUCCCCACUGUAUACCUUUCCUAUCCACAUUGGCGGUGACCCCGAUGCUCCCAUCCUCACCAAUGUCCUGCUCAUGGUGCCCGAGGGUGGUGAGGGUGUCCUCUCUGCUGAUCACCUCUUUGUCAAGAGUCUCAACAGUGCCAACUACCUCUAUGAGGUCAUGGAGCGACCCCGUCAUGGAAGGUUGGCUUGGCAGGGAACACAAGAUAAGACCACUGCGGUGACAUCCUUCACCAAUGAAGAUCUGCUGCAAGGCCGGCUGGUCUACCAACAUGACGACUCUGAGACCACGGAAGAUGAUAUCCCAUUUGUGGCUACCCGCCAGGGUGAGAGCAGUGGUGACAUGGCCUGGGAGGAAGUACGGGGUGUCUUCCGAGUGGCCAUCCAGCCUGUGAAUGACCAUGCCCCUGUGCAGACCAUCAGCCGUGUCUUCCAUGUGGCCCGGGGUGGGCAGCGACUACUGACUACAGACGAUGUGGCCUUCAGUGAUGCUGACUCGGGCUUUGCUGACGCCCAGCUAGUGCUGACCCGCAAGGACCUCCUCUUCGGCAGUAUUGUGGCUGCAGAUGAGCCCACGCGGGCCAUCUACCGCUUCACCCAGGAGGAUCUCAGGAAGAGGCGAGUGCUGUUUGUACAUUCAGGGGCCGACCGUGGCUGGAUCCAGCUGCAGGUGUCUGAUGGGCAGCACCAGGCCACCGCGCUGCUGGAGGUGCAGGCCUCAGAGCCUUAUCUCCGUGUGGCCAAUGGCUCUAGCCUUGUGGUCCCUCAGGGAGGCCAGGGCACUAUCGACACAGCUGUGCUCCAUCUGGACACCAACCUUGACAUCCGCAGUGGGGAUGAGGUCUUCUACCAUGUCACUGCUGGCCCUCACUGGGGGCAGCUGCUCCGGGCCAACCAACCAGCCACAGCCUUCUCCCAGCAGGACCUGCUGGAUGGGGCUGUUCUGUACACCCACAAUGGUAGCCUCAGCCCCCAUGACACCCUGGCCUUCUCUGUAGAAGCAGGGCCAGUGCGCACAGAUGCCACCCUACAAGUGACCAUUGCCCUAGAGGGGCCACUGGCCCCACUGCAGCUGGUCCAGCACAAGAAGAUCUAUGUCUUCCAGGGAGAGGCCACUGAGAUCAGAAGGGACCAGCUAGAGGCAGCCCAGGAGGCAGUGUCACCAGCAGACAUCAUGUUCUUAGUGAAGAGCCCACCAAGUGCAGGCUACCUGGUGAUGGUGUCCCACAGUGCUUCGGCAGAUAAGUCACCCAGCCUGGACCCCGUGCAGAGCUUCUCCCAGGAGGCGGUGGAUUCAGGCAGGAUCCUGUACCUGCACUCCCACCCUGAUGCCUGGAGUGAUGCCUUCUCACUGGACGUGGCCUCAGGCCUGGGUGUUCCCCUUGAGGGCAUCCGAGUGGAACUGCAGGUGCUACCUGCUGCCAUCCCACUGGAGGCACAGAACUUCAGUGUCCCUGAGGGUGGCACUUGCACCCUGGCCCCUCCACUGCUCCGUGUCACUGGGCCCUACUUCCCCACACUGCCAGGCCUCAACCUGCAGGUGCUGGAGCCACCCCGGCAUGGGGUCCUGCAGCGAGAGGAAGGACCUCAAGAUGGGACCCUCAGCACCUUCUCCUGGAGAGAGGUAGAAGAGCAGCUGAUCCACUACAUCCAUGAUGGCAGCGAGACACGGACAGACAGAUUCAUCCUGGUGGCUAAUGCCUCCAAGAUGGACCGCCAGAGCCAGCCUGUGGCCUUCACCAUCACCAUCCUGCCUGUUAACGACCAGCCCCCAAUGCUCACCACAAACACAGGCCUGCGGAUGUGGGAGGGGGCCACUGUCCCCAUACCCAAGGAAGCCCUUGGGAGCACAGACGGCGACUCUGAGCCUCAGGAGCUGGUCUACACCAUCGAGCAGCCCAGCAACGGACGGGUAGUGCUACGGGUGGCGCCGGGCACCGAGAUCCGCAGCUUCACACAGGCCCAGCUGGAUGGCAGUCUCGUGCUGUUCUCACACAGAGGAGCCCUGGACGGAGGCUUCCAAUUCAGCCUCUCUGACGGCAAGCACCUUUCCCCUGGACACUUCUUCCGAGUGAUGGCCCAGAAGCAGGUGCUCCUCUCACUAGAGGGCAGCCAGAUACUGACUGUCUGCCCAGGGUCUGUACAGGUGCUCAGCAGCCAGAGCCUGAGAGCCAGCUCCAGUACAGGCACUGACCCCCACCACCUGCACUACCACGUGGUGCGGGGCCCCCAGCUGGGACGGCUGUUGCAUGCCCAGCAGGACAGCACAGAGAAGGCCCUGGUAAACUUCACUCAGGCUGAGGUAUAUGAUGGGAAUGUUCUGUAUGAGCACGAGAUGCCCCCUGAGCCCUUCUGGGAGGCCCAUGAUGCCCUAGAGCUCCAGCUGUCUUCACCUCCUGCCCCCGAUGUGACUGUCACCCUUGCUGUGACUGUGUCUUUUGAGGCUGCCUGUCCCCAGCGCCCCAGCCGCCUAUGGAAGAACAAAGGUCUCUGGGUCCCCGAGGGCCAGCGGGCAAAGAUCACCGUGGCUGCCUUGGAUGCCUCCAACUUCCUGGCCAGCAUUCCAUCACCCCGGCGCCCAGAGCAUGAUGUGCUCUUCCAGGUCACACAAUUCCCCAUACGGGGUCAGCUGUUGCUAUCUGAAGAACCGCUCCACGCUGGGCGGCCCCACUUCCUGCAGUCUGAGCUGGCUGCAGGGCAGCUCUCAUAUGCCCAUGGUGGUGGGGGCACCCAGCAGGAUGGCUUCCGCUUCCGUGCCCACCUCCAGGGGCCAGCAGGGGCUUCUGUGACAGGACCCCAAACCUCAGAGGCCUUCACCAUCACAGUGCGGGACGUGAAUGAGCGGCCGCCUCAGCCACAGGCUUCUGUCCCACUCCGGCUCACCCGAGGCUCCCGCGCACCUGUCUCCCGGGCCCAGCUGAGUGUGGUAGACCCAGACUCAGCUCCUGGGGAGAUUGAGUAUCAGGUGCAGAGGGCACCCCACAAUGGCUUCCUCAGCCUGGUGGGGGGCAUCCCUGGGCCUGUGACCUACUUCACACAAGCCGACGUGGAUGCAGGGCGGCUGGCCUUCGUGGCCAAUGGGAGCAGCGUGGCAGGUGUCUUCCAGUUGAGCAUGUCUGAUGGGGCCAGCCCACCCUUGCCCAUGUCCCUGGCCGUGGACGUCUUACCAUCUGCCAUUGAAGUGCAGCUGCAGGCACCCCUAGAAGUACCCCAAGCUUUAGGGCGCUCCUCCUUGAGCCGGCAACAGCUCCAGGUGGUGUCAGACCGAGAGGAGCCAGACGUAGCCUACCGCCUAACCCAGGGGCCCCAGUAUGGCCAACUCCUGGUGGGCGGGCAGCCUACCUCAGCUUUCAGCCAGCUCCAGAUAGACCAGGGUGAGGUGGUCUUUGCUUUCACUAACUUCUCGUCUUCUCACGACCACUUCAGAGUCCUGGCACUGGCCAGGGGUGUCAAUGCAUCAGCCAUAGUAAAUGUCACCGUGAGGGCUUUGCUGCAUGUAUGGAAAGGUGGGUCAUGGCCCCAGGGUGCCACCCUACGCCUGGACCCUACUGUCCUAGAUGCUGGCGAGCUGGCCAACUUCACAGGCAGUGUGCCCCGCUUUAGGCUCCUAGCAGGACCCCGGCAUGGUCGUGUGAUUCGUGUGCCCAGGGCCAGGACAGAGCUUGGGGGCAGCCAGCUUGUGCAGCAGUUCACUCAGCAGGAACUUGAGGAUGGAAGGCUGGGGCUGGAGGUGGGCAGGCCAGAGGGUAGGGGCCCUGCAGGAGACAGCCUCACUCUGGAGCUAUGGGCACGAGGUGUCCCACCUGCUGUGGCCUCCCUGGACUUUGCCACUGAGCCUUAUGAUGCAGCGCGGUCCUACAGCGUAACCCUGCUCAGUGUCCCUGAGGCUGCUCGGACAGAAGCAGGGAAAGCAGAGAGUAGCACCCCCACAGGCGAGCCAGGCCCGGUGGCAUCCAGCCCUGUGCCCACUGGGGCCAGGGGAGGCUUCCUGGGCUUCCUCGAGACCAACAUGUUCAGCGUCAUCAUCCCCCUGUGCCUGGUCCUCCUGCUCCUGGCGCUCAUCUUGCCCUUGCUCUUCUACCUCCGAAAACGCAACAAGACAGGCAAGCACGACGUCCAGGUCCUGACCGCCAAGCCCCGCAACAGCCUGGCUGGCGAUGCUGAGACCUUUCGCAAGGUGGACCCGGGCCAGACCAUCCCACUCACAGCUGUGCCUGGCCAGGGGCCCCCAUCGGGAGGCCAGCCUGACCCAGAGCUGCUGCAGUUCUGCCGGACACCCAACCCUGCCCUCAAGAAUGGCCAGUACUGGGUGUGAGGCCUGGCCUGGGCCCAGAUGCUGACUGGGCCAGGGACAGGCAUGCCAACACCCCAGGCCCAAUUGCUUUCUUGCGCUGGUGCUGUCUCAAUAUCCCCAGAGCAAGAGAGACCCGGAGACACCAUGGGUAGAGAGUGCUGGGAGAUAGUCCCAGGGGACCCAGAUAGGGUGGAGUCUAGAGUUGGAAUCUCCCUCAGCCUGGAGAACCGCAGAGGCCAAGGUGGGAACAGGCUCAAGUUCAGUCCUCCUGCCCUGGAGCUAGUUUGGGCUAUCAAACCAGGGUGACCUCCUAUAUGGAUCAGGACUCUGGGUGCUGGGUCUGUGACCUUGGGUAAGUCACACCUGACACCGGCUUCUAAGAGAGCAAAAAGAAGGUACCCUGGGGAGGGAAGGGACAGAGCAGAGGGAUUUCUGACUUUUCUAUCCCAGUACAGGCCUCCCCUCGUCUCUGCCCCAGGAUUGAGAGAAAACUUCUUCCUUUUUUAGGGAGAUGGUAUUCCCUGGAGCAGGGAGAGCCCUUCCACUCUCUAGAAGGCGUAUGCCAAUAGAAUAAUAUAUUCAGGGUGAAGCCUGGGAACAGGCUUAUUUAAGGGGUAUUGCAAGGAAGCUAUUUAAGUGGUGCUGAGCUAGCCAGGACUGAUGAGCCCCUAGGGGUGGAGGAUGGAGGAGAGUCUUCAGCCGGUUCAUCCCCAGGGCCUACCUUGAUAGGCUGGGGCUAAGCAAGUGUGGGUCAGCCUCUCUGAAGCAGGCUGGGCUGGAGAUCGUGAAGGAGCUCAGGCCAGGGGCCACUGCAGUGCUGGUGUUCCUGAGGACUCGGUGCGGGCAGCUGGGGACACUUGGCUCUAUGGAGCCUGGAUAAAUGGUGCUUUGGAGGCUCUGGA